UUACUCCAUUGCCACAUUGUUCUGUUUGUUUUUGUGUUUUCCUAAUCAUGUCAUAAUACCUUUGCUCAGCCUCAGUCCCAGCCUGAGAUGUAUCUCUGCCCGCAUACCCACACAACAUCCCACUGACCUUCGCCUCUUUCUGCCCUAUUCAGUAAUUUGAUAUGGAUCUUCAUCGAAGAGGCCUAACCUCGAGAAAACUGUCACACCUAUACAAAGAGUACAAAAAUAUUAUUAUAAAUAUUUGGUUCCCUAUCCGGGAACUACCUCGCCAGCUGCCAUUGGACUGCUGUGUCACGUGGUUAAAGUAACUUUACAGGGUCGCUUGCUAGUAGGAGGGCUUUAUGGACCAGAAAAACGACAAAGGUAGAAAAAUAAUUUUUCACUCCAGAAAUUAAUGAUCAUGAGCUCGUAUUUGAUGGACUCUAACUACAUCGAUCCGAAAUUUCCUCCUUGUGAGGAAUAUUCACAAAAUAGCUACAUCCCAGAACACAGCCCUGAAUACUACAGCCGCAUGAGAGACACUGUCUACCAGCAUCACCACCAGGAGUUGUAUCCUCCACGAGUGACCUACCAGGAGCGCCCGUAUAACUGUGUAAGCAUCCCCGAGCCCGAGCCCCAGACUGACCAUGGGCUUACACACUCGGGGAAUCUUCUCGCGGGGAAGGCACAGACAGCUCCACGUGAGCCCUUGCCACCGUUACCCACAUCCCCUACGACCCCACCGACUGCGCCGCCUACCUGCAUCCAAGCCACCCCGGAGCAUCCCAUCAGCUCUACCUCGUCUAAGCAGCCUGUAGUGUACCCAUGGAUGAAGAAAAUCCACGUCAGUACCGCGAAUCCCAAUUACAAUGGAGCAGACACAAAGCGGUCCAGAACAGCUUACACUCGCCAGCAGGUCUUAGAACUGGAGAAGGAGUUUCACUAUAACCGCUACCUAACUCGGCGAAGACGCAUCGAGAUUGCCCACACUCUGGUUCUCUCCGAGCGCCAGAUCAAAAUUUGGUUUCAGAACCGAAGGAUGAAGUGGAAAAAAGACCAUAGGCUACCCAACACGAAAGUGAGAUCCUCCUCCAACACUAGCGUUAUCUCCGGGUCCAACACAGCGUCAACAACAGCCAGCACUCUCCAGCGUGCGGUGGUCGCCAACACUGUGCCAGCUUCGGAGGAACUCUCUCGAGUGUCCGUAGUCGAAAGAAACCAGGAUAUUACAAGGUUAUAGGCAAACAAUAAUAUCUAACAAAUAGGAAGAAAAAACAACGGAUUAUUUAUAAAAAUACAUAUUAUUUUUUAUAUAUUUGUUCCUCGUAGUGUUCUUGUGCGUAAACGGGGUUUUCCUCUCAGUCCACAGUUAUUCACGAUUGCAUGUUACAUAGCAUGGAUUAGUGUAGAUAUCAAUGCAUUAUUACGGUUAACAGGGUUCAUUUAUUUAUGAUAGAAAUUGUUACAUUUUUUUGUAAAACAUUUUUGACAACAAUAAUAGACAUUAUCAAUUAAUUUGAAUGUCAAUAGAUCUACAUGCACAAUCGUUUUAUUUAUUAUCUGAAAAAGAAUGGUAGGGUAAUUUAUUUAUUUUUUAAUCUCAGAAGUGACAGUAACAAUAGCAAGUAUACGUACCAUUAAAACAAUAUAUUGCAAUAGCCUACAUGUGAAUCAGUGAAAUGUUGUGAAUUAUUUUUCAGCACAACCUCUUAUCAGGAAAAGUACAUCUUAGGUAAUGAGUGUAGUGUGUUUUGUGAUGACUUUUCUGUGAUUUAGCUUUAUUUGAAUUGAUCAGAUGCAACAAAAUACGUAUAGUGUAAUUUGUGAUAGUCGCAGUGGUCAAUAAAACAGU